CAACACUAAAAUUUAGCUCUUACCGUUCCUUCUUAGCGGGGAAAUUCCCGGUAGACGGCGCUCAACAUUGACGUCACACUUUACGAUCAGAACCAAAAGAAUGGCUACACAACCGCACAGCAAAAAGCGAAUUUGUUACUAUUAUGAUGGAGACAUAGGAAACUAUUAUUAUGGACAGGGGCAUCCAAUGAAACCACAUCGUAUACGUAUGACACAUAAUCUUAUUCUGAAUUAUGGCCUCUAUCGGAAGAUGGAAAUAUAUCGACCACACAAAGCUACUCAGGAAGAAAUGACAAAGUUCCACAGUGAUGAUUACAUCAAGUUCUUGAGGAGUAUACGACCAGACAACAUGUCAGAAUAUAACAAACAGAUGCAAAGAUUUAAUGUAGGAGAGGAUUGUCCGGUAUUUGAUGGCAUGUACGAGUUCUGUCAGCUUUCCACAGGAGGAUCUGUUGCUGGAGCAGUCAAAUUGAACAAACAGGCAGCAGAUAUUGCUAUUAACUGGGCAGGAGGUCUUCACCACGCUAAGAAAUCUGAGGCUUCUGGAUUCUGUUAUGUAAACGAUAUUGUGUUGGCCAUUCUUGAACUACUCAAAUACCACCAGAGAGUGUUAUACAUUGACAUUGACAUUCACCAUGGCGACGGUGUCGAGGAAGCAUUCUACACCACGGACCGUGUGAUGACAGUGUCAUUCCAUAAAUAUGGGGAAUACUUCCCUGGAACUGGAGAUCUUAGGGAUAUAGGUGCAGGUAAAGGGAAGUAUUAUGCAGUUAACUUCCCUCUUCGAGAUGGUAUAGAUGAUGAGGCUUAUGAAACAAUCUUCAAACCAGUGAUGACUAAGGUAAUGGAGAUGUAUCAGCCCAGUGUUAUAGUGUUACAGUGUGGUGCUGACUCACUCUCAGGGGAUAGGCUUGGUUGUUUUAAUCUCACUCUCAAAGGUCAUGGUAAAGCAGUAGAGUUUAUGAAGAAGUGGAAUCUACCAUUAAUGUUGCUAGGUGGAGGAGGUUAUACCAUCAGAAAUGUAGCUAGAUGUUGGACACAUGAAACUUCUAUAGCACUGAAUGUAGAAGUAGCCAAUGAAUUGCCAUACAAUGAUUAUUUUGAGUAUUACGGUCCAGACUUCAAGUUGAACAUCAGUCCAUCUAAUAUGGCUAACCAGAAUACUGGAGAAUAUUUAGAAAAGAUAAAAACACGGCUGUUUGAGAACUUGAGAAUGUUACCUCAUGCACCAGGAGUACAGAUGCAAGCAAUACCAGAGGAUGCCCUAAACGAUGAGAGUGACACAGAAGAUAAAGAGAAUCCUGACAGUAGAAUCUCAAUCCGUGCCAGUGAUAAGCGAAUUCAUUGUGAUGAAGAAUUCUCAGACUCCGAAGAUGAGAUGUCCGGACCAAAUGAGAGUGGUGCACGCCGUGACCGAACAUCACAUAAACCUAAACCCAAGCGUCCAAAAACAGAGGAAGAAAAGAAAGCUGAUGGAGCAAAAUCUGAAAACAAGGAUGGAGAGAAAAAGGAAGUAAAGAAAGAGGCUGAUAGCAAUGAGAAUGCUAAAGAUAAGGAUCAGAAUAUGGAGGAGAAAGAAAAACCAGCUGUUCCCGAACAAACUGAAAAGAAAGUUGAUAUCUCUACUUAGACAGCAAUUGACCCAGCUAAAACUGAAGCUGAGGAAAACAAAGACACUCAAAAGACAGAGGACAAACCUGCGACAUAGUGUACAUAGGAACUUGGCAGAAACUUGACUGGCAGCUUUCUAGAUUGAGAAAUAAGGAGUUUCACAAUGAAAUAUAAAAACAGGCUUAUUGUAAAAGUGUGUGUUGUGUCUAAGAACCCACUGUGUUGUGUCUCAAGCUGAAAUGUCCUAGACAUAUAGUUCUGAAGAUCAAGAAUUUAAUUGUGACCAUUCCAAGAUAAUAUAUUUGCCAUAGCAUCUUCUUGAAACAGUUGCGUGUUUACUGGAUAUUAGCUGAAGUUGUCAGUUUCAUAUAAAAAUCUCUUCAAUUAUGGAAAAACAAGGUUGAAAUUAAUUUCUUGGAACAAUUUGGUGGAAUUUUUGAGAGGUCCAUUUAUAACAUUAGCAAGCUCACAUUCCAGAAUGUCACUUACAGAAUCUACUUACCAGAUACGCUAGCUGCCUGAAGUCAUAAUCAUUUUGAUAAGUCAAUGGUGCAUGAUUAACUGUUAACAGCAUUGAAAAAUAAACAAAUAUGGUGAUUUUGAAUGACAAAAAUUGAAGAAUGAAUUAAACAUGUUAAGAAAGAUUGCAAGAAGUACAUGUAUGUAACUAAAUCUUGAAUGAUUGCAAAAAGUUACAAAUUAAUUGUAGCUUGUAAAAGUGUAUACUAUCUUCAGCAGUUUAUGAAAUAGCUCAUUAAUACAAUGUAUGAUAGUUAUUGUGGUUAAAAUAUACUGAAAUGAAAUGUUUGUUAGGAACAUUACUUACAUCAGUAUCACAAAAAGUGUAUUUUUAUUUUGUUGUUUCAAAUCAGAUCAGCUGAAUUCAGCAUUGGUGGAUGAAUAUGUACUGAAAUAAUCAUUCAGAUGAUAUCUGUUAGAUUUUUUAUAUCGUUCAAUCAUAUGUUACAUUUAGGUACAUGCAUGACAUACAUUUUCUCAUAUUUUGAUCAUUGAAAUCAUAUUUCAGUAAUUUCAUAUUAACAGACAUGAAAAAAAAAAAAAUCUUGUAGAAAU